UCACUGCGCUCGCUCAAAAACUCGCUCAAGAUGCUCUGUGUCACCCCUGAGCUGGAUUAUCUUGAGACGCGCAAGUUCCCUCCUUCUUUCGGGAGUGCGCGGACGGUAUUCGAGAAUCUUCCGGGAGAGGAAAUCUGAUAUAUGGAAGGCAAUCAUUCUGGCUGAUGGACAGAUGGAAAGCUUGGAAAUAGCUGAUUGCAUGUCACCCAACGAAUCUCGAGGGUUCAUCAAGGAUCUGCUGUCUCUGGAUGCGCCAAUGCUCAUAGAUAUUGGAGAGCCUGAUCAUGCUGUCCGGCUUGAAUUCGACCGGCAAAAACAUUUAAAAAGUCUACGGUCUCUUAAGCUGGAGUUUAACUGCGAUCUCACUCGUGAUUAUAGGAAAGCGCUGCAUUUUUUUGGACAGCUGAAUGUCCUUCACCUAAACGUGCUUAAUUUUUCAGAUAUUUCUCCAUACAUCGAAGAAUAUUUCCCAAAUCUAGUGGAGCUGAGGCUGGUUCGCCAGUACAGUAUCCUGUCACAAAAAGUCCAACUGAAAAAAACGGGAACGGUUUCGCCAAGCGUUCACACAAACCUGAAAAUAUUCCAUUUCGGGGGUCCCACCAAUUUCAUUGACGCCUUCCCAUAUCAGGCAGAUCACGGCUUGGUCUGCAUCAUGCAGAGUGAAUUGCGAGAUUUGAUCAAAUCAAUGCCUUUUUUGCGUGAGCUUCACCUUAUUGGCUGUAUGUUCGACGAGUAUUAUGAACUGGAGAAUAGUACGAUGGACGAGUAUGAAGCGCAGAAUAUUGGACUUGACCUAAUGAAUUGGACACCUGAGUUGGAGGUUCUGAACUUGGACAGGAGCAGUAUAUGGCCGAUGCCGUCAAUUCCUGCCACAUGUGUGAAACUAACGUGCAACGGAUAUACCUCCCCAACUCCUGAGAGAGUUGUCCGAAGAUCCGGAAGAUGGUACUAUCAUUCGACGGACAGGCCAGUUGAUGACACUCGAUUGAAUGAAUUUAAAAGAAUUAAAGACCUCACUCUCCUAUCGUUUCCUGGAGGUGUUGAAUCACUUCUUUGCUGCUUGGCACGGUUCCAGUCGUUGGAGUCUUUAAAUCUCAACGAGAACUCAGAGGUGAUAGCAUGGGGUGACCCCGUCAGUGAGGAACUGGCCAACUUUCUUAUUUAUGAUUGUGGGUUUUCUACGCGAGUUCUGAGCUGUUCCACGUCUCUGGAAUGCAUCGGCGUCAUGUUUCCACGUCUCAAAAAACUGUCAAUUGCCUAUAAUGGGAUGACGAACGACUCUGUCUUGGAGAGCUUGGGAAAGUACUUUCCUAAUCUUCAGUAUCUUGAUCUCUCGUCAACAAUGGUUUCUUCGCAUGGCAUAACGAUGUAUCUAUGGCGUGACAGUAUUGAUCAUCGCCCGAAUUUUAUGUCUGGAUAUGUUCUUGAGGACUACAUCAAAAAAAGACUACCUUCCAAGCAUACACAAACACUACAGACGUUAGUGCUCACCAACUGCCAGGCAGUCGAUCCGCGGUUUUACAAGUUUUGGAAGUCAGUCGGAGCUGCAAUUUACACUGACGAGUAUGUCAUGUAUGAUUCGAGAAAAUCGCGUCGAUUGGAGCAAAACAGGUGAUUUCAACUACUAGUAGUUGCGAGUGACGAAAUGUGUGCUGACUGUUCCUCUAGAUUUUGAUGUUGAAGAAAACCUUUUAGCGUGAAUGAGUGGAGCGAGUAUGAGGGUUUCGGUGCUUGUGUCGUCCUGAUGUUGUACGUGAGUCCGACUAUAUGCAGAUAUAAACACCACUGGGUCACUGAAGCAGCAAGCUACACUCCUCUUAUAUGUACACACAUGAUCGCCGAUCACAAACAAGCACAGCCGUUCUUUAGUGGACGAGCAGGUCUGGUCUUGUGAUGGAUUAGGAUUAAAUCAAAUUAUGUCUUUGUUGAAGUUUUG